AUGCAGUUCUUAAAAGGAUCACUUCCUCUGCUUUGGUUGGGGGAGUGCUUGGGCACGGCAGUCUUUACAACAGCUGAUAAAGGUGAGUAUAAAGUCUUACCAAUGGCGGCCGAUCCGGCUUAUACGGAUGCUUGUUCUAUUUCGGCCUAUAGACCGACUGAGAAAUGGCUGGGAAUGGUGACUCUGGGAGGAUGUUCUUUAUCUAAGAAACAUAAGAAUUUGCUUUCAAUGGGGGCUUCUGGGAUGUUAGUUGAGUCAUUAGAAGAUGCGCCGUAUGAUAUCUUUUCUUCUAAUAAUGGGUCUUUUUAUGUUGUACCAAUUGGCAAACCACUUUACAAUAUGUUGUUAAAUCUUUAUCUGGCCAAACGAGGUAAUGGACCGAGUGAUGGAUCUGGUCAAUUACAAGACUUACCUUCUGUGCAGAUAUCUUUACCUCAGCCUAAAUCCAUUCCUCUUCUACAGAUUUCUUAUGUUAUCUUUCUCAUUGUUAUGAUUUUUGUCUUCCCAGUGCUUUUUGAUAGUCUAGAAGAACAAACACCAGCUACUUUAUCUCCUAAAGACUUAUCUAAACUCCCACUUCUACCAUUCUCUGAACUAUCAGAAGCCACUCGUAAGUAUGAAGAAUGUCCCAUUUGUUUUGAUAGAUUUGUUGCCUUGGUACCCACACGCACACUUCUUUGCACCCACUACUUCCAUUCCGAGUGCAUUGACCCCUGGCUACUCAGUCGCAGUUCCCGCUGUCCCGUCUGCAACCACGACCACAUCCUAGCCAAAUAA